AUGUCGUCGUCGCCGUCGUGCUGGGAGUCGAUCACCUCGGCCGUCCUGCCGGCGAACCCAACGUCGCGGGAGGCGGCGCUGCGGGAGCAGCUGCUGGAGCGGGAGGACGCCGCGGCGUCCCAGCGCGCGGCCGUGCAGCGCCUGACGGAGCGAGCCGACGCGCUGCAGCGCAGGAUCGACGACGUGGCCCGCGAGACGGCGGCGGCGCAGGCGGCCGCGUCCGGCGCGGAGAGGCGCCAGCGGGAGGCCGAGGAGCAGCGGAGGGUCGCCGUGAGGACGUACGAGAUGCACGAGGAGAAGCUGCGGGUGCUGGCCAAGGAGCUCAAGGUCAAGGAAGGCCGCUUCAGGGUCCUGGACGCCAUCCUCACCACGGUGCGGAGCAGCAACAGGCCCGUCUCGAGGAACAGGGCCCACUAG